UCGGCUCCGAGAGCGCGGAGUAGAGCAGCGCCCACUAGAGAGAAGUGGAAGACGAAGAUCGCACGGUCCCAGCCCGCCUGCCAGCGUCCACGCCGCUCCCACACCCUUACCCCUGCCGGCCCUUGCCGGACGCGACCGGCGGCCAUGCAGCCCCGGGGCUGAGGCGGCCCCAUGGCGAAACCCACGUCCCCGCGGUCCCGGCAACGACGGCGCAUGGAGAACUUCCGUAAGGUGCGCUCCGAAGAGGCGCCGGUGGGGAACGGAGCCGAGGGAGGCGGCCCAGGCUCCGGCCCCUUCGCGGACCUGGCGCCGGACGCCGUGCACAUGCGGGUCAAGGAGGGCAGCAAGAUCCGGAACCUGCUGGCCUUCGCCACCACCAGCAUGGCGCAGCCAGCCACGCGCGCCAUCGUCUUCAGCGGCUGUGGUCGGGCCACCACCAAGACCGUCACGUGCGCUGAGAUCCUCAAGCGCCGCCUGGCGGGCCUGCAUCAGGUCACGCGGCUGCGCUACCGGAGCGUGCGUGAGGUAUGGCAGAGCCUCCAGCCGGAGCCCACGCCGGGUCAGAAGCCUGGCGAACCAGCCGCCAGUCUCAGUGUACUUAAGAACGUGCCCAGCCUCGCCAUCCUACUUUCCAAGGAUGCGCUGGAUCCGGGCCAACCCGGCUACCAGCCCCCGAACCCCUAUCCUGGCCCCUCGUCCCAGCCAACAGCGCCGACGACAUCUAAGAGGAGUCUAGGGGAACCCGCAGCUGGAGAAGGCUGCGCAAAGAGGUCACAACCUGAACCAGGUGCUGCGGAAGAGGACCGGACGGCCUGAGAACUGCGGCAUCUGAGCCACCUAAGCCACCUAGGCAGGCUCGAUCCUACUUCCAGAGCAUCCACCUUGACACACACCUUCAGCCUUUCAUGACUUGGUACUCUGGAGCCCACAGCCUGAACUCAGCUCUUCUGACUGGCCGCAUGGACCCCACGGAGACAAGAGAGGGACCCCAGGGAAGUUUCGUGGUGUGGUUGCUCCCCCACCUGUGUUGCCUGAUGACACAGAACUCCGCCUUCAGCUUUUCGGAACCAUAGGGAACCUUCUUCCAGGAGGGAAUGGUGGGCAGCGGGACUCUUGAGCCUUGCUCAGGACCCCCAAGGGUAAAGGCACCCAGGAUUCACGAGGGGGGGCCUGCAGUGUGGAAGCUGAAGAGAGCUCUUGGAAUCAUUCCACCGGUGUUGGUGGAGGGCAAAGGUUCAGAAACCACUGCUGGAAGGCAGAGGAUUCUGAAUUGUUGUGGGAGGGGUGGCUUAUUCUGCCCUUCACCAUAGGACACAGUUUCCUUUCUAGUUCUCCAUUCCCUGCUUUUAAGGAGCAUCCUGAGAUCGUGGUGGCAGGGGCAUUUCCAUGAGCUCUAGCUCUUUCAACAUCCCCCUUUCCCCAUGCUGGCCCAGAGGGAGAGAUCCAGGACCGAACUCUCCAUGCCUCCUCCCCUGAGCAGUCUUGCUUCCAAUAAAACAAACACAAAAAUG